UAUAUAUAGAAUAAUCGUCCAUUAAUAGAUUCAGGAGGUUAUCCGUACUUACGUCUUCACUACGAUACAACAAUAUAAGAUCUGGGAGUAUGAUUUCAGUGUCUGAAAGAAAACGUCUGGUAUUCGGACACGAAGCCUUCUUGAAAAAUAAUUUUUGAUAUAUUAGCUGUGUACUUAACUCUAGAGAUGAAGGAUCAUGGGAAUAGGUGCGCUAUGUUGUUUUUAUGGCUAAUCGUUUUCCAAAUCUUUUCGUUUCAUUGUAUAAAAUCAGGUUCGCUAUCAAUAUUUAUUGUUUGACAGAAAUAAAUUAAUGACAUUACAUCACAGCACAUUCAGUUGUACAACCUUUCCUUUAGACCAUGAGUUGUUACUAUUAUGUUACCGUUCCCUAAUUGGCCUACUUUUCAUGGGAGAACCUAAAGGAACGAAUGCUGCAACCAGUAUAGCUUGUUUUUAUCAUUACGAUAGGAAUGGUUAACUAUGAAAUCUAGGUAACACCUACAGUCGGGUGUUGGCGAAAAACUUGAUUAUAAUUUCAUUACCACUUAGUCUCAGAACGUCCAUAUACCAUAUCAAUUGCUGUCAAUGGAUAAUCAACUUGAAAGUAUGCUGAAACAAUAAACUAUUCUACAUAUAGGUCAAAUUUAGCUGAAAACUCAAUCCAAAAGAUGUGUCUGUAUAGACGAUACGUUGAUGAUAUCAUAAUCAUAGGGGAUAAAUGUGAAGACUUGAACCACUUGUUAAAAGAACUCAAUGCAAGUCAGAAGCAUAUUUCUCUUACGUGCGAGGAAGAGAAGAACAACCAACUUCCUUUUCUAGAUAUACUGAUCAGUAGAAGAGAAGAUGGUUCCAUCCAACGUUCUAUUUAUAGAAAGCAGACAUGGACGGGGCAAUACCUUAAUUUCCAUAGUCACUGCCCAAUUCAUUACAAACGUGGGUUAAUUAAGGGCUUAUUCAAUAGAAUCAAUCGUAUUUGUACUAGUGAUACUAUUGAAAUAGAAACGAAGCGUCUAACUAAUACGUUAAUGAAUAACGGUUAUUCAUUUAAGUUCAUAAACCGCUGGAAGGGUUGCAAUACGAUUAGACCUAUUACGCUUCUGGCACCCAAAAAGCGAGUUUAUAUUACAUUACCAUUUAGAAGUGACUCUAAUAGUCUCAUGUUAAGACGGAGACUAAAAUUAGCCAUAAAUAGGACAUUUUAUGCAGCUCAACUUGUCAUCAUUGAAAAGACAAGGUCGAUAUUUCACCAAAAACCUAGACAGCAUAUAAGCGAUUGUGUCACAUCCCAUUGUGUAUACCAAUUUACAUGUAUGUGCGGAAACACGUACAUAGGGAGGAGCAAUCGUGAUUUGCAAAUAAGGGUGGUGGAACACAUACCUAAAUGGCUACAGAACCAAAUGAAUUCGAAUAGUCAAAUAAGAUCACAGGACAGACAAACAUCUUCCUCUAUUGCGAAACAUUUAGUUGAAACUGGUCAUAAGGUUGACAUCAAAUCAGCAUUUGUAGUGUUGUACAAAAGCCUUCAAGGACGUAUACUAAGGUUUAUUGAAGCCUUGGCUAUACGGAAAUUGAAACCCCCUUUAUGUGUUCAAAAACAAUUUGUUCUUACCCUUAACCUACCCUGGUAAUGCUUAUUUAUUAUCCAGAGUAGUCAUCACUUUGUUUUUGUGUACUUUAUUUAUUUUCUUACCUUAACCUGUCUAGUUGACCUUUUAAUUUUCAUAUAAAAAAUGUCUUAACAAGUAUAUGUG